UAAAUAUUUGUGUUAUGUUACAUUACACAGUAGUAUAUACUCACGUAAGCUCCCACAGUUCCAAACAUUCACUUCAAGAUAUUUCAGAAACACUAGCAUAGCCGUAGAUUGUGGGAUUGAAAACAAACAUUAUACAUUCCACUUUUAUUCUGACUCUCUGGAAGAUAAUUAAAGACAUCAGGUUCCUAUUGACUCUGAUAUCAUGGAAUCUCCACAAUCUGUUGUGUCACCAUUCAAGAGUUCUAUCUUGGGACAUGGUGAGAAGUAUAAGUCUGAUGAUUUAACACAAAGCUCUAGUCCUUUGUCUAAAGACAUUGAGGUUAAUGGAAAAGAAGCUGUUGCAGUGUCUAAUCCAGAGGAAUUUAUUGGAGUAGUUGAUGUUUACAUACAUCAAGCUAGGGACAUUCAUAAGAUCUGCAUAUACCACAAGCAAGAUGUUUAUGCUAAGAUUUCUUUGACUAGUGAUCCUGAAAAUUCUGUCAAUACCAAGAUUAUCAAUGGAGGAGGAAGAAAUCCCGUUUUUAACGAUAACCUUCGUCUAAGUGUUAGGACCGUCGAUUCUUCUCUCAAAUGUGAGAUCUGGAUGCUUAGCAGGGUGAAGAAUUAUCUUGAAGACCAACUACUUGGUUUUGCUUUGGUACCUUUGUCCGAUGUAUUGAUGAAAGAUGGAAAACUAGAGAAAGAGUUCUCUCUUUCUUCGACUGAUCUAUUCCAUUCACCAGCAGGUUUUGUUCAGUUGUCACUUGCUUACAACGGCGCUUUGCCUGAUGUUAUGGCAAUUUCAGCAAUGCCUAAUACUGAACUGGACAGAAACGGCACCGAGAAGGACUCCAAAACAAGUGAGUCGCUCGUGAGGGAUUUAGAUAAAAUUGAGUUCCCAAAUCCAAAAAUUGUAAAUGAAGACCACUUAAUGGUUUCAGAAUACUUUGGUACAGAUAGCUUGGCAACUACUGAUACUGAAAAUCUUAGUUCAGAAAAAGGUGUUCAACUUGUGGAAAGCUUCUCAGUAUGUAGUGUUGAAUCUGUUCAACCUCCUAAGGUUGAAUCUCCACCUAGUAGUAAUGGAGUUGUUUCCUCUCCUUCAGUGGCUGCAAGCUCAAAAUCACGUGCUGCUACUAAACCUCCCAAUCAGGAGCAAAUUUCAGGUACAAAAAAGAAAAAUGUUGAUCUCAAACACGGGGAGAGUGAUUCCUCGAACACGUUGCUGAAUGAGUCAUUUCCAAGUCCUGUUGUGAGUGUGAAUAUUGAGCCAGAGCCAAAGAUGGUGCAGCAGGAUAUAGUAGACAUGUACUUGAAAAGUAUGCAGCAAUUUACCGAGUCAUUAGCAAAAAUGAAGCUUCCUAUGGACUUUGAAAAUGGACCAACUAGUUCAGGAAACUCAACCUCUGAACAGAAACUACAAUCUUCAAAGAGUAGUAACUCACGCGUGUUUUAUGGUAGCAGAGCUUUCUUCUGAGCCUUUUGCCAAGGUCACUUAGUUUUAGUAUUAGUAGUGAAAUUCAAUAAUGUAGUAUAUGAUCAUGAUCCAGUGUGGUUUCUCUCUUUCAUGAUUAUGUUGAAGUUAACAUGGAAUCUCUUAACUUUGUAUUUUCAUGGACAUGACCCUAUCUUAACUACUACAAGAACUUUUUUCUUCUGUCUUAAUGUCAAUAAUGGAGAAAUCAUAUUUCAUCUA